AGCCUAAGCAUGAAAGGGAUCCAGUUUGUAUUUUUGAAAGAUCCGCAGCACCGCAGUGAGGAGAAUGGAUCUGACAAAGGUGAAAGUGGAGGCUGGGUGCGAGCUGAUGGCAGUCGGGGUUUGGAGGUGGCAGGUGGAUGGCUGCAGGUCUUCUGAGGACAGGGAUUGGGCAGGGGAGGAGGGGGAAGGAGGACUGUGUUCGGGUUCUGGCCUGGGCGUCUCAUGGUUUGGACACCACAGUAGCACACAGGCUUAAACAAGGAGUGACCACCCUCUUGCACCCCGCGCCCCUUGUGGGUUGGUGACCGCCUGCUCUGCUCCACACCAUUUGCACCUGUCAGGGGAAAUGUGGCAAACAGGAGUGGGGCAGACACCUGCUGGCUUUCAGUGCCUAGGCGUGGAGGGUACACCGCUGGCCACAGCAAUCCCUGGGAGGCGGGGCUCUAGGGUGGGCAGAAUAGCACGGGGUGGAGAACUCAGCCUCCCAGGCAUUGAAGAGGCACAGGUGGGGGCCCCUCGUCACCCUAGUCCUCUGGCGGGCCAGUCUGCUGCAGGUUCUUCUCUUUCUUGUGCCAUCCAGAGAGGAUAACGUAAGCCUGUCGCCCAGCCGUGGGGAAUGCAGGACCCCAGCUCCUCCUGUUGAGGGUCUCCAGGAGGCUCCUGUUCUCCUGGUUGCCUUCCAUCCCGAAUCCCAGUGCCUGCUGACUCCAGCCCCCUGCGGGCAAUCCUCUGUGCUGUGGGAGGUCUCCGCAAAUGCAGGGCUGGCAGGUCACCUUCUCUGCCUGCCCAGGCACAUGCCCUUUCCUGAGCAGCAAACGUGGCCGACACCCCAGCCUUUUGUGCUGCUGAGCAUGUCAAGGUCACCCACCUGCCUUGGUGUUCCCCUGUCACUGUGCAGGACGCUUCCAUCAGCAGGUUUCCUCAACGGGGGACAGUGGCGGCCUGGCUUACACCCUUAGCAACAUGCACUCAAAGGAAGCAGGGACUGGAAUGUGCCAGCUCGUCCUGGAUGGCCUUCCUGUUUCCUGUUCUAUCGGUACAGCAGGAGACUAACUGCUGCCAGGAACUGUCUGGGGCACUGCAGGGAGGUGCGGCCGCCCCAGGGGAGGGCAGGCAACAGGCUGAGAUGAAGGGCGCCCUGACAGAGAUCAUCCAGCUGGCCACUCUGGACUCGGACCCCUGGGUUCUCAUGGUAGCUGACAUUCUGAAGUCCUUUCCUGAUACCGGUUCUCUUAAUCUGGAUCUUGAAGAGCAGAAUCCCAACGUUCAAGAUAUUUUAGGAGAACUUAGAGAAAAGGUGAAUGAGUGCGAAGCGUCGGCCAUGUUGCCGCUGGAGUGCCAGUACUUGAAUAAAAAUGCUCUGACGACUCUCGCCGGACCCCUCACUCCCCCAGUAAAACAUUUUCAGUUAAAAAGGAAGCCGAAGAGCGCCACGCUGAGGGCAGAGCUCCUGCAGAAAUCCACCGAGACUGCCCAGCAGCUGAAGAGGAGUGCAGGGGUGCCCUUCCACGCCAAGGGCCGGGGGCUGCUCCGGAAGAUGGACACUACAACCCCACUCAAAGGCAUCCCAAAGCAGGCGCCCUUCAGAAGUCCCACCACCCCCAGUGUCUUCAGCCCUGCCGGGAAUCGGACCCCCAUACCACCUUCAAGGACGCCUCUGCGGAAGGAGAGGGGAGUGAAGCUGCUUGACAUUUCUGAGCUGGAUAUGGUCGGUGCUGGCCGAGAGGCGAAGAGAAGGAGGAAGACGUUGGAUGCAGAAGUGGUGGAAAAGCCAGCCAAGGAAGAGACAGUCGUUGAGAAUGCCACCCCAGACUACGCAGCCGGCCUGGUGUCCACACAGAAACUCGGGUCUUUGAACAAUGAACCCGCGCUGCCGUCCACGAGCUACCUGCCCGCUACGCCCAGCGUGGUCCCAGCCUCAUCCUACAUCCCCAGCUCCGAGACUCCACCAGCCCCAUCUUCCCGGGAAGCCAGCCUGCAGGCCAGCCGGCCACCUGAGGAGCCCAGUGCCCCGAGCCCUGCGCUGCCAGCGCAGUUCAAACAGAGGGCACCCAUGUACAACAGUAGCCUGAGCCCGGCUGCACCCGCGCCCACUCCCACAGCACCCUCCUCACCGCUGACGCCUACCACACCCCCGGCCGUCACCCCCACUGCCCAGACGCCGCCAGUGGCCAUGGUGGCUCCACAGACCCAGCCCCCUACCCAGCAGCAGCCCAAGAAGAACCUGUCUCUCACGAGAGAGCAGAUGUUUGCCGCUCAGGAGAUGUUCAAGACGGCCAACAAAGUCACACGGCCCGAGAAGGCCCUCAUCCUGGGCUUCAUGGCUGGCUCCCGAGAGAACCCGUGCCAGGAGCAGGGCGACGUGAUCCAGAUCAAGCUCAGUGAGCACACUGAGGACCUGCCCAAGUCAGAUGGCCAGGGCAGCACCACCAUGCUGGUGGACACGGUCUUCGAGAUGAACUACGCCACAGGCCAGUGGACGCGCUUCAAGAAGUACAAGCCCAUGGCCAACGUGUCCUAGAGGCCGCCCCCUGCUGGCCUUGACUCAGGCUCCGGGACAACACCGCUGGCUUUGCCGAGGGACCGGCCUUGACGUGCUGCCGAGCCCCAGCCUGCCGAAGCUUUAGAUUCAUUUCUCUGGGGUGUUUUGGACUUACUUUUUAAAUUUUAAUAUGGGUUACCUUUUGUGUGAUUUAAGACACUUUUUUGGAUUCAAUAUUCCAUUUUUGAAUGUUAAAGUUAACCAAAAAAGUUAUAACUGCCUAAUUUUAGCGACAGCUCUGCCUGUUAGACUUUUAUCUUUUUUUAUUUUUUUCCUAAAUUCUACUGACCAUGAGGGAGGGCUUUUCCUUGCUAGUGUAGCGCUCUCUCCACCCCCACGAGGUUGCGGGGACCAAAGGUGGCACCCAGCGAGGCUGAGAGCAGGGUGGGGCCGGUCCACCAAGGCCUGGGAGCAGGAGAUGUCUGGCCACUCGUCGCCCGCAGGGUUUGUAUUGUCUUUUGUACAGUUGUGAGCAUUUAAGACCAGUCUUCAGGUACCUGUUUUCAUUGUAAAAACUACCUGAGUAAUUAAAGUUUAGCUUUUCUAAAGAAA